ACUCAACUGACACUUCUUCCCAUUUCUAAAACAAACACAUUCAUCAUGAGUAUCUCAGAUAGCUCGUUGUCUGGAGGAGAAAAAGAAAUCGAAGAGUAUGAAAGGUUUCACCACCUACGUUUGAGUUUGAUCGGCCGGAGCCUAGCUGAAGGUUCAUCAAGUCGACAUCACAUUGAUCGUGAAAGGGUCGAAUGUAACCGACGUCUUAUGAGGGAUUACUUCGAUCCAAAUCCAGAAUACAAUGCUCACAUGUUCAGAAGGCACUAUAGGAUGCAGCCAAGAUUAUUCCAUCGCAUUAUGGGCGACAUUGUGAGGUUUGACCCCUCAUUUUCUCUAAGGCGUGAUAGCUUUGGUCAAACGUCACUAUCUUAGAGCAAAAGCUUACUGGUGCGAUCGCAUGCUAGCAUAUGGUUCUCCAGCUGAUCAACUUGAUCAGUAUGUUCGUAUGGGUGAGAGCACCUUGAUGGACGUCUUUAGAAAGUUUUGCAACAACAUUAUCAACAUGUACGAGGCCACAUACCUUCACGCACCUACUCCUGCUGAGUUAAGGAUAUUACUACAUAAAGCCUCAAGUCGUGGCUUUCCUAGAAUGAUUGGAUCAAUUGGCAUGCAUUGGGAAUGGAGGAAUUGUCCAAGUGGUUGGGCAGGACAAUACACUGACCACAUGCAUAGGCCAACAAUCAUUCUGGAGGCGGUGGCCUCCUACAACACAUGGAUAUGACAUGCUUUCUUUGGGAUACCUGGAUCGAACAACGAUAUAAAUGUUCUAGGGAUGUCUCCGGUGUUUGAUCGUAUCGUCAAUGGAAGCGCUCCACAUGUAUGAUUUGAGGUAAAUGGUCAUGCUUAUGAUCGAUGUUAUUAUUUGGCUGACGAUAUUUAUCCCUCAUGGUCGACUUUAGUGAAGACCUUCAGCAAUCCAAGGUCAAACAAAGAGGCUUUGUUUGCUCAACAUCAAGAAGCACACUGUAAAGAUGUAGAGAGGGCAUUUGGAAUCCUCCAAACAAGAUGGGCAAUUGUUCGUGGCCCUGCAAGAGCUUGGGAUGUUGUCACGCUUAACAAUAUAAUGAUGACGUGCAUUAUAUUACACAACAUGAUAAUCGAGGAUGAGCAAGUUGAUUUUGAUGACGAAAUGGAUGAUGACCUUGAUUAUGAGGUCCAUGAACAACCUGGACCAAUCAACCGACACCUUCCAACUCUAAUUGAUUACUUGGCUAGAAAUAACAGGCUUCAUCUACAACACAUCAUGCGCUUAGAAAUGACUUGGUUGAGCAUCUUUGGAAUUUGCACGGCAAUAUCUAGCAUUGUUUUACUUCAUGUUGCUUGGUUGUUUGUGUAACACCCCAUUUUCAGGUUAGGGUUCGAUUAAGGUUCGACUGAACGUUUGGAUCGACGGUUACGUACAAAGAGUUACAACCGCAGAUUAGGGAUAAUAUUAAUAAUAAUAAUUAUUAUUAUAUUAUUAUUAUUCAUUAAAAUAAAACCCUAAACGUCCCCAACCCCUACCAAAACCCUUAUAUUCUUUUUUUUUAACCACUAAAUCACCACCGCCGGAGGAGUUGUCCACCUCUCGCCUUUCCGCGCGUCGCCCGCAGCCCUGCACCCUGCAAAAUUCAACCGAGGAAGACGACGCUCGACCGGAUAAGCAACAACCUCUUCACGCCGCCACGACACCCAGUCUCUUCUUUUUUCCUUCACACCUCUGUGAACAAGAAAUCAAUCUUCUACCCCAGCCUUUAUUCCGCGGUUCGUUGGGAUUGUCUACACCUCGACCCCGGCGACGACAACUUGGCGCCUUAAAUUGGUCUCGAAGAUGGAUUUCGUGGUCCAUACUAACCAUACCCAUGAAGGGUUUUACUCGCUUUAACACUUUGACACCGCUACUAGGCAUGGCGGGUCUUUUGGAGGUAGGGCAAAUACUAGAACUAGAUCAAGGUCCAGGGUUUCUGUGGGGACUGUAAAGCUGAGAAAAGGUAGAGUUCUUGCUGCUUCUCAUGUAGAAACUCUGCAUUCCAAUGGGAGAGCUUACACUUCAGAUAAACAGACAAAUGGGUUGUCAACAAUUAUAGAGAUGGAUGGAUGGAUAAAUUAUUCAAGGGGAAUGGAAGCUUGAGGUGGAUGAUCGGGUAAAGAGAAUUUUGGAAGCACCCAGGAUGGAGCUUGCUUGUGCACUCAAAGUAAACGAGGGCUCAGGGCGAUCAACCGUUGGAUGAUGGUUAGUUCAAGUAAAUUGACUUGAUAAUAAGGUGAGUGUAAAGGGGGUAAAUUCUACACCUUACGAUUUUCAAGUAAUUGGCUUGAGUAUUUUCGAGUAUUGCUUUACGUGAUGUAUGUGCAGUAUUUGAUUCAUGUUUGAGAUUGCAUGAUUAUGAUUGAUGAUAUGUGCUUUACUUGAGCUAUGACUUGAAUUAAAUAUUUAUGAGCUU